UGCAAUCCGCCAUUAACCAAGAGAAGAAGAGAACUGAGAGAAAGUAGUAUUGUAGCAGUAAUGAAGUAUUGUCUUCUCAGCAAAGCUCUGUUGUUGUAGAUCAUUAAAUCGUGAUGUUGUCUCAGAAGUCUGUCUGAAGUCUCUUUCGGAGGAACCGUGAACAAACGCUGUCUGUAAAGUCAUUGUCUGAUAAAGGAGCGAGUCAUAAAGCUUUCGGACGAGUCUGAGGAGAGAAAUUCAUGUUCAGUGAAGCUCCUCACAACAAUCACACAUUCAGCAGUAAAUGCUGGAAUAUUCCCAUCAGUUUACAAGUGAAGACGAGCAUCAGAGCAUCAGGAAGAGCUGAGUUUAUUAAAGAGGACAGAGAGAAGAUGAGAGAUCCAGAACCCUGCAGAAUCAAACACACUGAAGAUACUGAACAACAAACAGAGUUGAUUGAAGAAAAUGAGGAGAAUGAAGAAUUGAAUGAAGUUGAGGGAAUAAAUCACUUCAGAACUGGAGAAAUACCUUCGAGUUGCUCUCAAACUCAGAAAGAUUUAAAGAAAAGAAGAGCCAAGAAAUCUUUCACCUGCACUCAGUGUGGAAAGAGAUUGACAAGCAAACAUCAUCUUGAGUUUCACAUGAGAGUUCAUACUGGAGAGAAACCUUACAAGUGUUCACACUGCGACAAGAGAUUCAAUCAUUCAGGAGCCCUGAAAACACAUGAGAGGAUUCACACUGGAGAGAAACCGUUUACAUGUGAUCAGUGCGGGAAGAGUUUCACACAAAAAGGAGACCUUACAACACACAUGAGAGUUCAUACUGGAGAGAAACCAUUCACUUGUGAUCAGUGCGGGAAGAGUUUCACACACUCAUCACAUCUUAAAGAUCACAUGAACAUCCACACUGGAGAGAAAUUGUACACAUGUGAUCAAUGCGGGAAAACAUUUUUGAGAGCUUCAGUCCUGAAGAAACACCUUAAAGUUCACACAAAGGAGAAGCCACAUUCAUGUCAUUUGUGUGGAAAGAGUUUUUCACAUCUACAAAGUUUGAAAGAACAUCUGAAAAUACACACUGGUGUGAGAGAGUACAUGUGCUUUGUGUGUGAAAAGACUUUUUCUUCAGUGAAGUGUUUAAAACUGCACCAGAUGAUCCACACUGGAGAGAAACCUUACAAGUGUUCACACUGUGACAAGAGAUUCAUUCACUCAGGAGCUCUGAAAACACAUGAGAUGAUUCACACUGGAGAGAAACCUUACAAGUGUUCACACUGUGACAAGAGAUUAAUUCACUCAGGAGCUCUGAAAACACAUGAGAUGAUUCACACUGGAGAGAAACCUUACAAGUGUUCACACUGUGACAAGAGAUUCAGUCGGUCAUCAACUCUGAAAAUACAUGAGAGGAUCCACACUGGAGAGAAACCGUAUCACUGCACUGCAUGUGGGAAGUGUUUCAAUAAUUCUUCUGCUCUACACAGACAUAUAAAAAACAAUCACAGUAAGUAGAUCUUCAGGUCUUUCAGAUCUGGUGCUGUGUCCUCUCCAAAUGUGACACAAUAAUGCAUCAAGCAACAGAAUAUCAUCUGGAUAAAUCUGUCAUAACAAGCGACAUGACAAAGAAACAUUAUCUAAAGUUUUUACAGUGAAUAAAGUUCAUCUUCAAAACCAGCAGAUUCAACUGAGAUUGAGAUCAACUCAAAGAUGGAGUUCCUCCCCAAAGAACAAUGUCAGAAGUUUUUAUUCUUGUAUAUCAUGUUGCUUCAAGAUAUAAGUGACAUUAUUGUGCUUUCUUAUGAGUUUCAUAUUAUGUUCAGUUGUCUUAUGCAUAUGUGUCACUUGUAGUUUGUUACUCUUUCAUGAAGGAAAGCAGAAGUUUUUACAUACUGUUCUUGUUCAGGAAGAUGAAGAAGAGACUGUAACACUUUUAAGAGAGACUGAGAUUUAUUUUCUUCAAUGUGUAAGGCCUCUGCGGAACAGACCCACCAAAAAGCUGCAGAAUAAACACAUUCCCAAAUCAGGAUCUAAAGAUUACCCCACACAUCACAAGGUGGUAAAACUGACAACACCCUCAUUGUCUGGAUUAGUUCCUCUCAACAUGAUAAUAGUUAAUCCAAUCAAGGGAAAAGAGAACUCCUUUGUCUCGACGAACUGAAGUCAUUUAAACAACAUGCGGUUAAGAGCUGCCUCGUGGACACGGUGCAUAAAUCCAGAGUAGAAGCCCGGAAACAGGAAAAGGAUUUACGUGACACUCUCCAGGCCUGCACACACACAAGAGCCAUACAGCGUGACCCCCGAGGGCAGGGGUCUGCAACCUUCAACAUCAAAAGAGCGAUUUUAGCCCCUUUCCCACCAGAUAUAAUUCUUGCACUUUAGGGCUGUGCGAUUCAUUUUAUUUUCCAUUUUGAGUUUGACAUCCAAGGAUUAUGAAAACAAGAUAUAUUGAUAUAUACAAGAGGUAAAUCGAUAUAUUGUAGAAAAUCUGACGUGUCAGAAUCCAUGCGUUAGUUCUUAAAGUGACAGCAGCCUGUGGAGCAGUCGUGGCCUACUGGUUAGAGAGUCGGACUUGUGACACAAAGCUGAGACCCUAGAAAUUCUUAUGAGUAAAAUAUCUCUGAAGUAUAUUCCCAUUCAUAUUCAAAAUAUUCACACCUCUGUCGUGUGUUGUGUGUCUCCCACCCUCAUGUUUCCAUAUUUGGUCAUGUUCCUGUCCUUGUUCAGUGUGAUUAUUAGUUUAUCCAGUUCAGGUGUGUGUGUGUGUGUGUGUGUAAUUAUCUGUUAUUGUCAUGUGUAUUCAGUUCAUGCCUGUUUAGUUAGAUUUGGUCUAGUCUACUCGUUACUCCCCGGUGUUCCUGUGUGUCCCAGCCUUGCCUUGCCUUGCCCUGUCUGUUUUGGAUUUAUUAAAGACUGUAUUUUGAGUUUAUCCUCGUCUCCUCGUUCCUCCCUGCUGUGUGCACCGUGACACCAGGGUGAUUAUGAACAUGAAAUGAUCCAGCCAUGUCUUCUGGUUUCACAGAAAUAUAAAUAGGAGGGAAAACAAAGCCCAAAUUCCCUUAAUCAUCAUCGCAAUGAGAAAAAACAAAUAAUAUAUUUCUGAUGUGCAGCAAAAGAUAAUUGAGCUUCACAAAUUAGUGAAGUGGCUUUAAGAAAAGAGCUAGAGCAGUGAAAAUUCCCAUUUCCACCAUCAGGACAAUAAUUAAGAAUUUCAAAUCAACAUAAAAUGUUAGGAAACUGCCUGGAAGAGGACGUGUGUCUAUAUCGUCCUAAUGCACGGUGAGGAGGAGAGUUUGAGUGGCUAAAGACUCUCCGAGGACCACGGCUGGAGAAUUGCAGAAAAUCAUCCAAAAACAAACUCCAGCAUAUUCAGUUAUCAGACACGACUGGAGCUUCAAAGAGGGACUGGCUUCUAUGGUCAGAUGAAACUAAAAAAUGAGCUUUUAGCAGCAAACACUCAAGAUGGGUUUGGUGAACACAGGGAUAAAAAUAUGAAAUAUACUGCUGUAUUUUUGAUGUUGUGGGCCUAUAUUUCUGCUGGAGGUCCUGGACAUCUUGUUUAGACGCAUGGCAUCAUGGAUUCUAUCAAAUACCAACAGAUAAAAAAAAUCAAUAAGUGACUGACUCUGUUAGAAAUCUUAUAAUGGGCCAUGUUUGGAUCUUCCAACCGUACAAUAAUCCAAACACAAACCUCAAAAACAAACCUUUAUACAAUAUUUAUUCAUUUCUACUUUAAUUUAUUUUCACAUGUAUUUAUUUACGUAUUUGUUCAUUUAUUUGCACAUUUAUUUACUUCUACAUUUCUUUAUCUGUAGGGUAAAUAGCAAUGGAGCCAGAGUAGACGAGGGGUAAGCUUUGAGGACACAGUAACACCUUGUGUUGCUCAAACAAAAUACAAGAAUUGUAGUCUACAUGACGUGCCUGUACAAUUGACUAUACAUUUAAAAACAAUGCCAAAAACAAACAAACAAACAAAAAAAAAGAUAUUUAAUUCAUUAAUAUUUAUGAAAAACUACUGAACAAAAAUGUUAUAUGGGAAGUUUAAACUACAUCUGAUCUGAUCUUCCCUUUAUGUCAUCAUACGGGGAAAGGUUACCUCCCCUUUCUCUGCUUUGCCCGCCCAUGAGAAGAUGAGCUACUACUGUUUGAGGCGAGCGCAAUAUUUUUUUUUCCUUGAGAGACAUCAUGGCUUGCAAACGAGCGUAGCAUGGCAGUUGCUCAGUGUUUGGAUGUACAAAUGAACACCGAAGUAUUUUUUUAGUUCCUUCAUCCGAGCCUAUGAAGUGUAACAUGUGUAACAUGACUUCAAUAUACGUGGACAUGGGCAACUUUGUCAUUAAAAAAAUGAUCCAGAGAACAGUCUUCUCUAAACUACAAAGAUUACUGGUAUAGAUGUUAAUACAGCUUGGCUGAAAUUCUGCACCAAGGCUGAAUUUCGGGAAACAGACUUCAGAUACAGUACUAGAGACCACUUAGGCCUAAAUAAAAACAUCCAAAAAGCAGCAUGAAAUUCAAAUUCCACACAGAAAUUCAUGUUCAGUGAAGCUCCUCACAACAAUCACACAUUCAGCAGUAAAUGCUGGAAUAUUCCCAUCAGUUUACAAGUGAAGACGAGCAUCAGAGCAUCAGGAAGAGCUGAGUUUAUUAAAGAGGACAGAGAGAAGAUGAGAGAUCCAGAACCCUGCAGAAUCAAACACACUGAAGAUACUGAACAACAAACAGGUUGCUGUUUAUUCUUCAUUCUUCAUUAAUAAUGCUGACGGUUAUAACGCUUCAAGUAGUUUUAGAUUGUUUGUGUUGUAAUUGGAGAAUUAUUUAGAGCUCUGCAAUAAUACAGCUGAAUAAUCAAAUAUUAAGAGACACUUUCUGUAAACUGGGUACUUUUUCAACAAAAUUAUUUAUAUUAGAUAAUUGUGUAGUUGAUCAAACAUGUUUAAUAGUUCUCACUAUAGAAACAUGGGAUUUGUGCCUAUAAUGUUUUAAAAAUCAUAAUUUGAAGAUCAAUGUACCUCAUUCAUUGAUGAAUGAAGAAGUUUCAGAGAUGUAUAUAUAAAAUGUACUAGAUGUAUUUAUAAAACUUCAUCAAAAUGUUGUAUAGCAAUUGUCUACUUUCUGCUGUUCAGGGUUCACGUUUAUGUCUUUACACAUUUCUUUUUUUUAUGAGUUAAUGAAAAUAAACCGUUUUAACUUUUAUUUCAGAGUUGAUUGAAGAAAAUGAGGAGAAUGAAGAAUUGAGUGAAGUUGAGGGAAAAAAUGACUUCAGAACUGGAGAAAAACCUUUGAGUUGCUCUCAAACUCAGAAAGAUUUAAAGAAAAGAAGAGCCAAGAAAUCUUUCACCUGCACUCAGUGUGGAACGAGAUCGACAUGCAAACAGAGUCUUGAGCGUCACAUGAGAGUUCAUACUGGAGAGAAACCUUACAAGUGUUCACACUGUGACAAGAGAUUCAGUCAGUUAUCAAAUCUGAAAACACAUGAGAGGAUUCACACUGGAGAGAAACCGUACACAUGUGAUCAGUGCGGGAAGAGUUUCACAAUAAAAGGAAAGGCUUUGAUACAGCACUCUGUAAACAGCCACAUCUUUCAGUAAUGACCUGUAACUUACCCUCUUUGUGGAGGGCGUCAAUGUUCGUCUUCUGGAUCAUUGCCAAGUCAUCAGUCUUCCCCAUUAUUGUGGUUUCAAAGAACAAGAGAUACCCAGAAUUUAUACUGUAGGGAUGGUCAUUAAUUGAAACUCGAAUGUAAAUAUUCUAAUAUUUUGAGAUACUGAUUUUUGACUUUCAUGAGCUGUAAGCUCUAAUCAUCAAAAUUAAAACAAAAAAACUUUUGAAAUGUUUUACUUUACAUGCAAUGAAUCUAAAAUAUAUGAAACUUUCACUUUUUCACGACAUUCUAAUUUAUUGAGAUGCACCUGUAUGUGUAAAAUAUGUGUAAAGUUCAAUAUCACUGUUAAAAAUAGUUUAAAAGGUCAUUUUUAACUUUCAUAUAGGAUUCACAACCACACUCAGUUGCUUUUAGUGUAACAGAGUCCCGGGCAGAUGAAAAUAUAAUGUACGAAAGACUCUUCUUUUAAGAUAUUAUAAUGACUUUAGAUUGAUUAAAACAAUUGAGGUUAUGCAUUUCUCUGGAAUAUGUAUACAGUAACCAGUGAGUACGUGAAACAUUAUUGUAUAAAUAUAUAACCUUGUAAAUUCAGCAUGAUUCUAUCAUAUUAAUCAAUAAAAAAUACUUAAUUUAUAUACCAUAUUUGACUUUU